AUGCUAAUUUCAACACCAGAGGUCAUGACGGUCCCACGUCAGCCAUCUCCGGCGCCGGUGACACAAAUCUCCGGAGACGAGCCAGAGCCGGUGACGUGUGACUGCUGCGGAUUAACCGAGGAGUGUACACAGACGUACAUAGAGAUGAUCAGAGAGCGUUACAUGGGGAAAUGGAUCUGUGGUCUCUGUUCCGAAGCUGUGAAGUACGAGGUGAUAAGAACAAAACGGUUGCUAACUACAGAGGAAGCCAUGGCAAGACACAUGAACAUGUGUUACAAGUUCAAAUCCUCAAGCCCACCUCCGAAUCCGACAGGACAUUUGAUCUCUGCGAUGAGACAGAUCUUGAGAAGAAGCUUGGAUUCUCCAAGAAUGCUUAGGUCAAUGCCUAAUAGUCCUUCUAAAGACGAAGAUGGGGAUUGUGUUUCCAACCUUUUGUCUAGGUCUGAUAGCUGUUUCGCUAGUUUGACUUGA